ACAAAUAUAAAGUGGAAUAAUAGAAACUUGAAAAACGUAUUUUGGUCUAAUUUUAUAAACUAUUCUCAACACAAGAAUUUGCCGGCAAAGGCCAGCAGACUAUGUUUUUCGGCAAUUUAUCGUAAACCAACUUUAUAAACUUGUUAGUACUGACUUGGUCUUGAAAUGAUCGUAAGUAAGAAGCGACUCUGUUUAAAAGCUUAUAUCCUGACUAUAAUUGGCCUUUUUGUAUAUCUUAUAAUUUCGAGCAUUCAUACUGAACCUUCUCCGAUUUUACCGUCCACAGAAGAGUUGGAUGCAAAAUCAGCAUCAGAACUUGAAGAUUUAUUUCAUGGAUUCAUGAGCCAAAUUCAGGUGCAGUGUAACAAAAUAGCCCGCGUUGGUUCUCAUGGAGACGGAGGAUGGAAUGUUUGUUUGGAUAAAGGAUAUUUUCCCAUGGUGCCUUGCUUGGUAUACUCAUUUGGAAUUGGUCUUGAGUCAAGUUUUGAUGUUGAAAUGCAGAAAAUCUUUAGCUGUGAAGUGCAUUCCUUUGAUCCAUUUGUAAAUAAAACAGGGAUUCCAAAUCUUUCUUUGAUGAAUUUCCAUUCUAUUGGAAUAAUGGAUAGAACGGAUGUUGUUAGUGACAGAGUGUUUAUGACACUCUCAGACAUUCGCAAAUAUUUAAAUCACACAGAGAACGUAUUUAUUUUGAAAAUGGACAUUGAGAUGGCAGAAUGGCGCUCCCUGACAAAGGCAAUCUCUGAUGGUGAACUGGAUCAUGUAAAACAGUUGUUAGUUGAGUUUCAUGUGCUAUAUUACACUGCAGAGUCUAAGUGGAAUGUUUUCCAUAAUGCUUUUAUUAUUAUUAAGAAAUUAAUGGAUCUUAACUUCCGAACAUUCUCAAUAACGAAGAACGAAGACUGCAAUUACGUCAGUCAUAAAAACAUUCUGUUGACCAGAUGUUACAACGUCCACAUGAUUAAAGUUAGUUAAAAUAUAUUGUCAGUUAUAUAUAUUUAUAUAUAUAUUCUCUUUUACUUGUUUCAGUCAUUUGACUGUGGCCAUG